CGACCCAACGGCCAUUAGAUUCAAUUUCAACCGACUUCAGUUCACUGCAAGGACUACGGACUACAGAGGAUAAAAGGUGUCGUUUAGUCAGUUAACUCCGAAUAUGACAGUCCCCCAGUCCCUUGUCUCUCGCACAACGAAACUACUGAAUCUCCAAAGCACCAAAACCACGGGCGCAAGCACAGUCACAACCAUCCCAUGGAACGCUCACCUAAGAGAAAUGGCAAAUCAAUGCCAAUUCGUCCAUGCCCUCACCCUCUACCGCCAAAUGCUCCGCUCUGGCGACUCACCCGAUGUCUUCACCUUCCCUUUCGUUCUCAAAUCCUGCGCCGCCCUCUCUCUCCCAAUCUCCGGCGCACAGCUCCACUGCCACGUUAUCAAAACCGGGUGCAAACACGAACCCUUCGUGCAAUCUUCAUUGAUUUCGAUGUACGCCAGAUGCUCCUCUGUUCAGUAUGCACGCAAAGUGUUCGAUGAAAACGGUGAAUCAAGUAAUCGAACUGAUUGUUACAAUGCUCUGAUAUCUGGAUAUACGUUUAACUCGAGAUUUCAUGAUGGGUUCGCGUUGUUUCGUAAGAUGAGGGAGGCAGGUGUCUCGGUUAAUUCAGUUACGAUGUUGGGGCUAGUACCUUUGUGUACGCUUCCCGUGCAUUUGUGUCUUGGGUUGUGUCUUCACGGUUGCUGUGUUAAGUUUGGGUUGGACACUCAAAGCUCUGUAGCAAACUGUUUGCUGACAAUGUAUGUGAAAUGUGGGGCAAUUGAUUAUGCGCUAGAGUUGUUCAAUGCGAUGUCUAAUAAGGAUUUAAUUACUUGGAAUGCAAUGAUUUCUGGGUAUGCUCAAAAUGGGUUGGCUACCCAGGUUUUGGAGCUUUAUCAUAAGAUGAAGUUGAGUGACGUUCAUCCUGACCCUGUGACAUUUGUUGGGGUUCUCUCAUCUUGCACUUACCUUGGUGCCCAAAAGUUUGGUACUGAGGUAGAACGUCAGAUACAGAGCAGUGGAUUCGGUUCCAACCCUUUUUUGUGCAAUGCCCUGAUUAACAUGUAUUCUAGAUGUGGUAAUUUGGAAAAGGGUCGCAGUAUAUUUGACCAUUUGCGUGAGAAAAGUGUAGUUUCAUGGACAGCGAUCAUAGGUGGGUAUGGAAUGCAUGGACAUGGAGAAAUUGCGGUGCAGCUCUUUGAUGAAAUGGUUAGGACAGGAAUUAGACCCGAUAAAGCAGCUUUUGUGAGUGUUUUGUCUGCGUGUAGUCAUGCUGGACUAACUGAUAAAGGCUUGGAUUAUUUUGCUGCAAUGGAGAUGAAUUAUGGGUUGCAGCCAGAACCAAUGCACUACUCUUGUGUGGUGGAUCUUUUAGGCCGGGCCGGUCGACUCAUGGAAGCUAAGGAGCUUAUUGAGUCAAUGCAGGUGAAGCCUGAUGGUCCAGUUUGGGGGGCCCUUUUGGGUGCCUGUAAAAUCCAUAAAAAUGUACAGCUAGCAGAAUUGGCUUUUGAACAAGUCAUGGAGCUCGAUCCUACGAAUAUCGGUUAUUAUGUUUUGUUAUCAAAUAUAUACUGUGAAGCGGAGAAUUUGGAGGGAGUCUUAAAGGUUCGGGCAAUGAUGAGAAAGCGAAAGCUCAAAAAGGACCCUGGCUAUAGCUAUGUUGAAUAUGAAGGGAGAGUUCACCUUUUCUUGGCUGGGGAUAGAACUCACCCUCAAACAGAGGAGAUAUAUAGAAUGUUGGAUGACUUGGAAAAUCUAGUAAAGGAACUUGGUGGGUUUUAUAAGAAUGAUCGAGAAAGAAGAAAUGAAGAACUUAUGAGUGGCAUGGGAGUGCACAGUGAAAAGCUUGCAAUUGCAUUUGGGCUCUUAAAUACUCGACCAGGGACAGAGAUUGUUGUGAUAAAGAACCUGAGGAUCUGUGAAAAUUGUCACCAGUUUAUAAAGUUGGUUAGCAAGGUCGUGGAUAGGCAGUUCGUUGUUAGAGAUGCAACUCGUUUCCAUCAUUUCAAGAACGGGACCUGUUCUUGCAAAGAUUAUUGGUGAAACUUUUUAGAA